AUGAAAAGUUAUUCACUGAAUAAUUUAGAUAAUAAGAGUAUCAAUAAUAUUUAUAAAAAAUUGAUAGAAAAUAAUACAAAUCACAAUAUAAAUAACUUAAGUAAUCAUGAAGAAUGUAAUACAGAUGAAAAAAAUAUGAAAGAUGAAAUUGUAAAUGAAGUUUUAAAACUAAAGACAGAAUUGAAAAAUGUUUUAAUGGAAAAUAAUGAAUUAAAAAAAAAAUACAAUGAAGAUACAGAAAAAUUAAAUUUAGUUGCUUUAAAAAAUGCUACUAUAUUAAAUGAAGUUUCUGAUGAAAAAAAAACGAUUCAAAUUGAAUAUAAUAAUUAUAAGAUUGAAUCAAUGAAAGACAUAAAAAGAUUACAAGAUGAAUUAGAUAAAAAUGUAAUAAUGCUAAAUUGCCUUAAAGAUGAAAUAUUAUUUAAAGAAGAAGAAUUAAGAAAAGCAGAAGUCAUUGAAAAACUUUAUAAGCAAGAAACAGAAAUGAAUCAAGAAAAAGAUAUUAAAAUAAAAAAUUUAGAAAAAUUAUUGAAUGAAAAAAAUAAUAUUAGUGAACAAGAGGCAAUUGAUAGAUUAACUGAAAAAAAUAUUAAAGAAGAAAUAGAAUUAAUAAGAAAAGAAUUAGAAAAAAAAAAUAAUGAACUAAUAAUUCUAAAUAAAAAAUAUGAAAAUUUAAAAAAAACAAAUAGAGAAAUAGAAAGGAAAAUAAGUUUUUUGAAAGAAGAAGUGGAUUAUUACAAGAAUAAUGAAAAUAGUUUUAUAAUGCAAAAUAUUUUUAAUUCAGAAAAUAAUUUAGAUGAUUCUAUUUGUAAAAAAAAUCUUAUGAAAAUUUAUGUCUUAUAUAAUGUAUUAUACAAAAUAAUUUUAUAUGACCAAAGAAGUUUGCUUGAAAAAGAAAAAUUUGCUUAUUCUCUUGAAAAAGAGAAUACUCAUUUUUUGAAAAAAUUUAUCACAGAUGAAAUUUAUUGUCAAUAUUUAAAAGACUGUAUUAGUAAAAUAAAUUUAACAUAUCAAAUAGAUCUUCAUAAGCAAGAAAAAAAAUAUAUGAUAUUAAAUUCAGAAUAUGAUAUACUUUAUAAUAAAUUUUUGCAUGAAAAAAAUGAGAACUGUUUGUUAAAUGAAAAAUACGAAAACAUAAUUUAUAACCAAAAGGCAGAAAUAAAUAAUUUGAAAAGUCAUAUAAGUACACAAGACAAAGAUAAGGAAAUUUUAACAAAAUAUAUAGAUAAUUAUAUAACCUAUAUAGAAAAUUCUUAUGAAAAAUAUUGCAUUUUAAAAAAUGAUUACAAAAAUUUAGAAGAAUCUUUUAAUGAUCUUGAAGAAAAAAAUAAAAAUUUAAUGAAUUUAGUUAAUGGAAAUGAUAAAUAUGCAAACAUUUUAUUUGAAAAUAAUAACCUAAAAACAAAAAAUACGAUAACAUUAGACAUAGAUCAUAUAAAAUUAAUUAAAAAUGAUAUUAAAGAUAAAGAUAUUCAAAUUAUAGAAUUAGAAAGUAGAAAUUUAGAAUUAGAAAAGCAAAUAGACAAACUAAAUGAAGAGUUAUUAAAAAAUAAAAAGAAUAAAUACACAGAAAAUGAAUCUUUGAAGUUAAAGGAAUUAUGUUACGAUUUAAAAGAUAUUUGUUCUAAGUUAGAAUUAGAAAAUAAAGAAAAAAAUUAUAUAAUAGAUGAUCUUACUGAAAAGUUAAGUCAAGCAGAAAAAAAAAAUAAAGAUAACCAAGUAAUAUUAGAAUUAUCAGAAUUCAGGAUUCAAAAUUUUAAUGAUAACGUAAAAUAUUAUCAACAAAAAGUAAAUGAAUUAAGUGAAAAAUUACAAAAAAAAGAAGAGGAAAUAGCUAUUUUUCAAGAUUACAAUGAAAGAUUAAAAGAUGAAAAAGAAAAAAUGGUUUUUGAAAAUGAAAAAAUAAUAAAAACUUUAGAGGAAAUUCAAGAAGAAAAUGAUAAUUUGAAAAAGGAAAGGAAUAUUAUAAGAAAUAAUAUACUUGAUAAUAGUGCAUUAUUGUUAAAUGACAUAUAUUAUUCAAAUGAAAAUCCUAUUAUUAAUAUGAACGAUAUAAAUAAUAAAAUUUCAGAUAAUGAAAGUAAAGAAGAAAAAGGUAAUAUUUACAAAGAUAUUUUAAAAUUAAAACAAUCUAAAAAAAAAGUAGUGCAAGAAAAAAAUGAUUUAGAAGCUAAAAUAGAUAAGUUAACAGAUGAAAACAUUUUAUUAAUUAAAGAGAAUGAAGAAGUUUUUGACAAAUUACAAAUGUUAUCAAAGGAAAAUAUAAAAAUGAAUAAUGAGUUAAUACGUGCUAAAGCGGAUGCAGAAAAAUCUUUAUUUUAUUUAGAUCGUGAAAAAAAAGAGAAAUUAAAAUAUAAAUUAUUAUUAAGAAAAAGAAAAAGAAAAAACAAAAAAAUGUAUAACAUCUUUAACAAAAUGAUGAAUACAGUAAGACACUUAAUUAUAAACAUAAAAAAAAUAGAUAAGGAAAAUAAAAAAAAUGAUAUUAACAAUUCUUUUUUUAUUUCAUCUUCUUCUGAAGAUAAUUUUGAAGAAGGUAUGUUAUCGGCAAAUGAUAAUUCUAAUACUCAGUUGAUUUUAUCUUCUAUUACUAAAUCAAAAAAUAGCAAUAAUAAUACAAGUAUUGAUGGAAAAAAUAGUAUGCAAAGCAAAUCAACCAAAGUUUUUAAGUUACCUGAAGAUAUAAGUAGUUUAAAGUUUAUUGAUAAAGGAAAAAACAUUCAUAAAAGAAAAAAAAAAAAGACAGUUUACAUGAGAAUACGAAUGCAUAGAUUCUCUAUAUGUAAUAAUUUUAAAAUUAAUUUAAUAAAAUAUAAAAAGGCAUAUAAAGAACUAAAUAAUACAUUGUAUUUUUUAAAUGAAAAAAAAAAUGAUAACUUGAAUAUUUUAGAAAUCCAAUCUAAAAAUGUAAAAACUCUUGAAACAUUUUAUUCUUUACCAAAUAGUACAGAUUCAAAAAUAAUAACACAUGAAAAAAAAAAAAAAAAAGAAAAUGAUUUUUCAUUUUUCGAAAUAGAAAAGUUGAUAAAUGACAUAAAUUAUGUAAAUAGAAAAUACGAAUCAAAAGUAAAAGAAACUUUAAUAAUGCAAAAAAAAUUAAUAGAUAAUGAAAAGGAGUUUCAUAAUACCAAUAUAAAGUAUGAAAAUUUAUUAAAUGAACACGACUCUUUAAUAUCAGACAUAAAAGAAAGAACUGAAAAAUUAUCAACUAUUGAAAAAGAUUAUAAUUUGCUAUUUGUUAAAUAUAAUGAAACACAAGAUGAAAUAAAAAUGCAUGAACAGAAGACACAAGAAAUAUUUAAUGAAUGUAAUGAGUUAGUUGAAUACAUGAAAAAAAAAGAAAAUAAAAUAAAAGAGUUUGAUGAACAUAUAAAAAAAAUAGAAAUAAAAUACAAAGAAGAAAAGGAGAAGAAUGAUAUAUUAACAAAAGAUAACAUUUCAUUAGAUAAUUUAAAUUCUAAAUACAAGGAAGAUAUAGAAUUAUAUAAAAAAAAAUGGGAUAGUAUGCAAACAGAAUUAAAAUUAAGGUUGUCAAAAAUUGAAGAACUUGAAUUAAUUCAAAAAAAUGCAGAAAAUGAAAUAUUUUAUCUUAAAUCAGCUACUUAUAAAUUUGAAAUGAAUUUAAAGGAAGCCCAUGAUGAAUUAAACAGAACAAAUGAAUCUGUAGUAAAAUUAAAAAAAGAAGUAAACGAAAAAAAAAUGAAUAUAGAUAUAUUGAAAGAACAAAUAAUAAAAAGGGAUUACUUUUUAUAUAAUAUAAAUAAAUCUUAUAAAUCGAAAGAAUAUUUUUACAAAAAUUUGAAACAAAGAGUUCAAGGUUUCAAUAAAACAUUUAUAGAACUAUGUGAAAAUUUUGAAAUGAGUGAAAUAAAAAAAUUUAAUGAACUUUACGAAGAUUUUGAAUAUAAUGAUAAUGAUUAUAAAAAAAAUGUUUCAAAUUUUUUAAUGAAUAAAAAGGAAGCGUUUUUAGAUACUGCAGAAGAAAUUGUGAAAAAAGUAGAUGUAUUAGCAGAAUUUAAUUCAAAAUAUGAAGAGGAAAAAAAGGAAAUGAUAAAUAAAAUCAAAGAAUUAGAAAAUAAGUUAAAUAUCAAAAUGAAUGAAAAUAAUUUAUUAUAUGAACAAUAUGAAAAUAAUUUAAAAAAUAUUUUAGUUGAAAGAGAUGAAAGAGUAGAGGAUUGUAUAAUACUUUCGGAAGAUGUGAAAAAAAAAAAUAAUGAAAUAAAUAUUUUAAUGAAAGAUUUGGAAGAUAAAAAUAUAGAAUUAAAUGAAGUAAACAUGAAAUGUACCUUUUUAAGUAAUGAAGUUCAAAAUUUAGAAAACGCAAAAAAUCAUCUUAAAGAGAAAUUAAGAGACAUUGAAACUAAUCUAGAUAAACAAAUAGAUAUUUUAAAAAAAGAAAAUGAUUAUUUAAGAGAUGAUGUUUAUAAUUUAAAAAAUAUUAUUCAUAAUUUAGAUAAUGAUAUAAUUAAAUUGAAGGAUACAGUAGAUAACUUAAACCAAGAAAAAUAUGAGUACGAAAAAGAAAUAGAUAAAUUAAGAGAAAUAAUAGAAGAAGAGAAAAAGUUUAAUGAUAUACUGAAAGAAAAUGAACAAAAUUUUAUAAAAGAAAUAAAAGAAGCACACUUAUAUGCUGUCACAAAAGAAGAAGAAAUUAAUACAUUAAAAUUAAAUUAUGAAUUAGAACAAAAAAAAUAUAUAGAUCAAAUCGAUAAAUUAAAAAUACAAAAUGACGAAAUUAAUAAUUCAGUUAAAAAUAAAUUAAAGGUAGUUUCUGAUUUAGAGGCAAAAAUGCUUGAAUACAAAGUGUUAUUAGAUAAAAAUACAAGCAUGAAAAUGUUAGUUCAAGAUUUAGAAAAUAAAAUUGAUGAUUUAAUAAAAGAUAAUGAAAAAUUGAGUGUGGAUUUAAAGAAAGAAAAAAUAUUAGGACAAGAAAAAGAAAAAAAUAUAGUUUCAUUAAAUGAAAAUAUUAAAAUAUUUGAGAAGAAAAUACUGGAACACGACUCCAUGUUAUUAAAAUUAAAAGAUGAAAAGGAACAGUUAAAUCAGGAAAUUCUGAUAUUAAAUGAUAUUAAAAAAAAUAAGGAUCAUUUAAUAGAAGAAUUAGAAAAUAAUUUAAGAAGAGCAGUAUUUGGUGAUAUUAAAAUAAGUGAAAUAGAAAAAACAAAAUUAGAACAUAAAAUUUUUACUGAAGAGGAUUUAGGGUUAAAUGGAGAUGUAGAUUUUAAUGAUUUAGUUAAUUCAAAAUUAUGUAUUUUCAAUAAUAAUAAUAAUAACAUAAAUGUAAAAGAGUUAAAAAAAUACAGUUUGCUCUUAAAAGAAGAAAACGAUAAUAUAAAACAAGAAUUAAGAAAAUUAAAAGAUAAAUUAUUAAUUGAUGAAAGGAAAAAUGUUGAAAUGGAAAGAACAAUAGAAAGAAGAGAUGAAAUUAUACGAAAAAUGAAUAAUGAAAUUAUAUCUUAUAAUGAAAAAAUUAAAAAUCUAGAGAAAGAUACAAGUCAGCUUAAUUCAGAAUUAUAUGCAGUUAAUGAAUUACUUGCAUUAAGAAGUGAUGAAUGCAAAGAAUUAUCCAUGGAGUUAUAUGAAUUAACAGAUGUUAAAAAUAAAUUGAUAACUAAAAACGAAGUUUUCCAAAAACAAAUAGAAUUUUUUAAACAACAAAUUGAAGAAAAAUCAGAAAUACUGAAUGAUUUAGAUAUGAAAAAAGUAGAAAAUGAUUAUAAAGAAAAUGAGAAAAAUAAUAUAAUUAAUGAAUAUAACAAAACUUUAAACUUCUAUUAUAAAAUAUGUUCUCAUAUUAUUUAUUAUAAAAAAUAUAUUGAAAAAGAAUUAAACACAAAAGAUAAUGUGGAAAAUGAAAUAUUAAUCAAUUCAUUAAACUUGAGUAAUGUUAGUGAUUCAAUAAAUAAUGAAUUAACUAAUUUAAAAAUUAAUGAUACUAAUGAAAUAUCAGAUUAUAUAAAUGAAUUUUUAAAAUGUGUGAGAUUGCUAAUAUUUAAAAAAAGAGUGUUUGAAUCAAAAUUAGAAAAUGCAGAAAAAAAAUAUAAUGAUUUUAAAGAAAAAUUAAAAGAAGAUAGAGAGUUAAUCAAUGAUUUAAAAAAAAAAUUAAGACAAAACGAAGAAUAUAAUUUAAAUAAUAAAAAUAGUUACGAUAAUAACCAAUAUAAUAAAUGUGUAAAUAAUAAAUCUCCAAUUAAUUAUAAAGAAACAAUUUUCGAAAUAUUAAAUAGUGAUAAAAAUAAAAUGGUAGAAGAAAAAAAUAACAUGUUUUUAAAAUAUGAAAACGAAAAAUUAAUUGAAGAAAAUAAGUAUUUGAAUGAUCAAAUACAUAAUUUAUAUAACUUACAGAAUAGUGUAAAUGAGUUAAAAAAAAAAAAAGAAAAAAAUGAAAAUGACAAUGAGCAAACUGAUUAUACAUAUGUAGCUGAAAAUAAGUGUUUAAAGUUGCAAAUAGAGACAGUAAAUAAUGAAUUAAAUAUAUAUAAAAAUAAAAAUGAAUAUUUAAAAAAAAAAAUAGAAAAUUAUGAAGAAAUAAUUGAUAAUUUGCAAAAUAAAAUAAUAAAUAUUAUUGAUAAACAAAAGGAAUGCGAUGAGGAGUUUUAUAAAAUGGAGAAAGAACUAGAAAGAAAGAGUAAAUACAUAGAAAAUUUGAUAAAAAAAAGAAAGGAAGAUCAAGAAAGUUUAGAGAUAGAGUACUCUAAAAGCUUGAAAUUCGAAAAAGAAUUUUUAUCUUUGAAUGAUGAAAUAUUUAAAAAAGAAUCAAAAAUUAAAGAAUAUGAAGAAAUUUUAAAGAAGUUAAAUGAGGAUAUAAAGGAACACAUAAAAGAAAAAGAACAACUAAAAGAGUAUGUUGAAAAUAUGAAAACCAAAUAUGAAUUAUUUGAAAAUAAGUACAAUGAACCAUUUGAUGUAUUUGAAAAAGAAAAAGAACGCGAAUCUGAAAUAAAAAAGAAAGAUGAAAAUGAUUUAUUAGGAAAAUUAAAAAAUUAUGAUGAAAUUAUAACAAAUUUAUUAGAUGAAAAAGCUAAAUUAUUACAUAAAUAUGAUGAAUUAAAAAAGAUAUUUGAUGAAAAAUUAAAAACUCAAUCCAUGCUUCAUGAAGAAAUAAGUGAGUUAAAAAAAAUUAACGAAGAUUUAAGUGAAAAAAAUAAUUCCUUGUCUGAAAAUGUUAAAAAUUUAGUUAAAGAAAAUGAACAGUAUAAUAUGAAAUUUUUAAAUUUAGAUAAAGAAAAACUCGAUUUAUACAUGAAAUAUUUAAAAGCAUCUGAAGAAUUAAAUAAUAUUUCAUCUUCUAAUUUACAUGAGAAAAGUAAUUUAAAAAAAAAUGAUGAUAAACUAAUGAAUUCCUUAUUGUUAAUAGAAAAAGAAAUAAAAGAAAAAGAAGAAAAUUUAGAAAUUAAAUUAAAUAGUAUAAAAAAAUAUGAUGGUAAAAAUAAUAAAAAGGAAACUGAAGAUAUAGAACAACAAAAGGAUAUUAUAAUAAAAAAAAUAAAAGGUGAAAUUAACGAUUUAACUAUUGAAAAUGAUUUACUAAAGGUAAAAAUUAGUGAAUUAGAAAGUUUAAAUAAAAAUAUAUUUAAUGAUAAUAAAGAAUUAAUUAAAAUUAUUUCUUCCAUAGACGGUAAAAAUAUAUCAGAUAAAAAUGAUGGAAACUUAAAAAUUUUAGAAAUAGAAAAUUCUAAUAAUUAUAAGGAUUUGGUGACUGAAAACAAAUUAGAAAAAGAAGAAAAUGAAAACUUAAAAUUAGAAAUUAAUAAUCUAAAAUAUAAAAUUGAUGAAUAUAAAAUUAUUAUGAAUAAAAAUUCCCAUUAUGAGAAAAGUUACAAAAAAGUGAAAAAUUACUUAUUCUACUUGAAUGAUAAAAUUAAAACAUUCAUAGAAAUAUUCAAUGAAAGCAAUUUCAAUUAUGAAUACUUUAGAACAGAACUAAAAAAAAUAAAAUCAACAAAUUUAAUGAUUAUAGAAGAUGUUUUUGAGUCUAUCGAUGGAAUUGCAUCAAAAAAAAAUCUUCCAAGUGAUUAUUCAUUAGAUGAUGAUAACAGUAGCAUUUACUCACAAGUAAUCGUAAACUUUUUUACGGCUUACAAUAAUGAAAGACAUGAAAAUGACAUUAUUAUUAAUAGAGAGGAAUUAAACAAAUUUUAUAAAUUUAUUAUAAAGUUAAAGGAGGAAUAUAAAAAAAAAUGCCUAUUAACAGAAAACCAAAAAUAUAUUAUUGAAGAGUUAAAUAAGGAAGUAUUCAAUUAUUCAAAACAAAAUGGAAAACAUCAGGAGGAAAAAGAAAAAUUGAGAAACAGAAUUAAUGAAAUAAUUAAUGAAAAUUCUAUGAAUAUUGAAGAGUUCUCAAAGAUGCGUGAAAGCUUAUUAAAUAAACUUGAAGAAGAAAUAAAUAAAAACAAAAAAUUAUCUGAAGAAAAAAAUGUGGAAAAUAAACAUAGCAAUAUAUAUGAGAAAAUUCAAAUAAAAGUAGAAAGUCCAUUAAGUUUAAAAAAUAUUGACGAUAAUAUAAAGGAUGAGGAAAAAGACAACAGGAAUCUAAAUAAAAUUUCUAUUUUAUUAGACGAAUAUAAAGAAUUAAUAGAAAGUAGAUCUAAAUUGUUAGUAGAAAAUAAUAAAUUUAUGUCAGAAAAUGAUACAUUAAAAGAAGUUAUAAAAAACAUGGAUGAAAAAAUAAAUAAUUUAAUAGACGAAUUAAAUGAAAAAAAUAUUGUAAUUAAUAAUAAAAAUUUUGAAAUAGAACAAAUGAACUUAGAUAAAACAAAAUAUUCAAAAAAUGAAACAAAUAAUGUUAUAAGAGAAUAUGAGGAAAUAAUUUUAAUAAUUGAACAAAAAAAUAAUGAAUUAGAAAACAAAUAUGAAAAAUUAAAAAAAUGUAAUAAUGAAGUAAAUAGUAAAUAUAAUAACUUAUUCAAUGAAUAUAAUUCAUUAAAAGAUUUUUUAAAGGAAAAAAAAAAUGAAGCUAGUGUUUCUGAUUUAAAAGAAAAAGAUAAUGUAGAAAAUGAUAUUUCGGAAAAUAAAAAAAAUAAAGAAAACAUUACAAAUUAUAUAGAAUCACUUGAUUUGUUAAAAGACAAUAAUUCAUUAACAUUGAAAAAGCAUAUAAAUUUAAUUGAACUUUUAAAUAAUGAUUUCAUAAAAAACAGUGAACUUGAAAAUUUUAUAAAUUUAUUAAAAAAGGAUAUUAAUAGUAUAAUGAAUGAUAAUUAUUACAAUGAAUUGAUUUCAACGAAAAACGAAUUGAUUAAAAAAAUAAAAGAAAAAGAAAAUGAAGUAAAAAAUUAUGAGAUUGUUAUAAAUAAUAUGAAUUUAUGCUUGGAUAACAAAGAAGAAGAAAUUGAUAACCUAAAAUAUAUUUAUGAAGAAGAAUUAAGAAUAAAAGAAAAUUUACAAAAAAAACUAGAUGAAAGUCAUAAACAAAAAAAUUCUGACAUUUUUUUGAAGAAUGAAGAAAUGUUUUUAAAAAUAGAAAGCGAUUAUGAAACAUUAUUAAAUGAAUAUAAAAUAUCUUUACAUUCAUUAGAAGAAGCUAAUAGAAAAUUAGAAGAAUUAAAAAAUGAAAAAGAAGAAAAUGAAAAAAUAAAAGAAAAAGAGGUAAAAGAAAAAGAAUUAAUUAUAAAAAAUUUAGAAUCAAUUAAUAAUCAACUUGAAGAAAAAAUAAAUGAAAUAAAAAAAUCGUUAAAUGAAGAAUUAGAGUUAAAAGAAAAUGUAAUAAAAAAAAAAUUAGAAAUUCUUGACACAUUAAACAAUGAAAUUAAAUUUUUAAAUAAUGAGAAAAAUACAAAUAACACUUACAUUAAAGAAUUAGAGCUAAAAGUAGCCAAUUCAAAUAAUGAAAUAAGUACAUUAGACAGUUUUUUAAAAGAUUCAAAAGAAGAAAUUAAUUUUAUAAAAAAUUUAUUGAAUGAAAAAGAAAAUGAAAUAUCUGAACUUAAACAAAAAAUAGAUAAUUAUAUAAAUCAUGUAAAUGAUAGUAAUAUAUGUAAUAAAAAUUUAGAUGUAAAUAAUAGAAAUAUUAAUGAAACAGAAACAAGCAAAAAAAGUGAGGAAAUAAUUUAUUAUGAAAAUGAAAUUGAUCAUUUAAAAAAAAGUAAUCAGAUUGAAAAUGAUUUGCAUUAUAAAAAAUUAAAUGAAUUAAGAACAGAAUUAAAAAAUUCUUUUACAAAUUAUAAUAAACUGAAAUUUGAUACGAAUAAAAAAAUUGAAGAAUAUGAAGAGGAGGCUAAAAAUUUAAAAUAUUAUAUGAACAUAUUAGAAGAAGAGAAUGAAAAAAAAAAUAAAAAAUAUGCAUUAGUUGAAAUAGCUAUAAAGGAAAUGGAUAAUGAAAUUAAAAUUCUCAAAGAUGAUAUAGAUCAGAAAAAUAUGUAUAUAAAAGAUCUUGAAAAUACUAUUGAAAAAAAUUCAAGAGAAAUGGAAAUUUUAGAAGAAGAUACAAAAAUAUUAGAACAUAAAAUUAUAACUUAUAUUGAAUCUAAAAGAAACAAUAUUGAAGAGUUAAUAAAUCAAAUAAAUAAUGAGACAAAAACAAAAUAUUUAUCAUUUAUUAAAAAUGUAAUGAUUAAAGUUCAUCAGAAUUAUAUGAAAAAAGAAUUAAAAGAAGAAAUUGAUGAUACUUUCAUGAAAAAAGAAAAAGAUAUUAUAUCCUUAGAAGAAACAUUAAAUAAAAUGAUUUCAGAAAAAAAUAAAUAUGAAAAGGAAAUUAAUGAAAAAAAACAAGAAUUAAAUAUUUUGAAUGACAAAAAAAAUUCUUGUAAUGAUGAAUUGAAUAAUCUAAUAAAUGAAUAUGAAAAUAAAAAAAAAGAAAUAAAUAAUAAAUUAAAUGAAAUUGACAUGAAAGAAAAAAAUAUAAUACAUAAAGAAAAUGAAUUAAUGCAUCAAAAUGAAAAAUUUAUGAUUAAAGAAAGUGAAUUAAUAAAAAGAAAAGAAGAAUUAGUCAAUAGGGAAAAUGAGUUAAUACAAAAUAAAGAAGAUUUAAUAAAUAAAACUAAUGAAUUAAUGAUUAAAAAAGAAGAAUUAAAUAAUGAUAAAAUUCAUAUGGAAGAAUUAAAAAAUGAUUUAAUGAUUAAAUUUGAAAAAUUAUAUAGUGCUCAUAAUGACAUAAAAAUGAAAGAAACAAAACUAAAAAAAAUUUAUGAAAAAUUAAAAGAUCAUAACAUUAUAGAAUUAUUGGAUGUUAAUAAUAAUGAAAGUGUAUUAAAUGAUUCCUUAAAUAACAAUAUAAAAAAUUCUCCUUCAUUAAAGAAAUUAGCAGAAGAUGAUGUUGAUAAUGAAAAUGAAAGUCUAAAUUUAGAUUCACUUGAAUAUACUACAUAUUUUAAGGAAUUUAAAAAAAGAAUUAAAAAUUUAAAAAGUGAUUUAAUAAAUCGUGAAAAGGAUUUAGAAAUAUACAAAAAAACAUUUGAAAUCGAAAAAAAAGAAAAAGAAAUUUAUAAAAUAGAAUUAGAAAAAUUAAAGGAAUUAUUAAACAUUGAGCAAAUGAAUAAAAAAAAUAUAGACGAAGAAUUAGCAAAAUAUAAAAGUGAUGAUACUAAUAUUUUGACAUCCUUAAAAGAAUCAGAAGCAUUAUUAAAUGAAAAAAAUAAACAAAUCUUAGAUUUACAACAAAAAUUAAUUGAAUUUUCAAAUGAAAUAAACAUACUAGAUAAUAAUAAAAAUCUUUUACAAGAAAAAAAUGAUGAUUAUGAGAAGAAAAUUGAGGAUUUAAAUUCAGUAAUUAAAGAUUAUGAAAAGGAAAUAAAUGAAUUAAAUAAAGAAAAAUUAAGUAUUACUAAAAAAUCAAUAGAAAAAAUAAUAUAUGAUGGGGAAGAUAUUAAAAAACUAAAAGAUAAUUUAGAUGAAGCUCAUGAAUUGAUAAUAAAUUUAAAAAAUAAAAAUGAGGAAUUAUAUAACAUAAAUAUAGAAUUACAACAAGCUAAUAAAGAUAUGCGGUGUGACAUUGAUAUUUUACUAGCCAAUAUUGAGAAUAUGAAUGAUGAAAAAAUAUUUAAUGAAAAAAAAAUAAAAGAAGAUGAGGUGAAAUAUAAUGAAUUAAAAAUAAUUUAUGAAGAAAAAGUAGAAGAAUGUAAAAAAAUAUUUAAUAUGUUAAGUUUAAAAAUGAAAAAAAAAUUAGCAUUAGAAAAAGAACAAGAAGGUGGAAAAUUAGAAAACAACAAUAUUAAUAAUAGUAUUGUAAGCAUUUAUGAUGAAUCAGAUGUAGAUCAAGAUAGAAAAAUUUUUCAUGAAUUAAAUCAAAAAAAUAAAAUAAUUGAAUCUUUAAAUGACAAAAUAUCUCAAUAUGAUAAAGAAAAUUUAAAAAAACAAGAAAUUAUAUAUGAAUACAAAAAUAUAAUUAAUAAUAUUUCAAGUAAAAUACAUAUAUUUGAAGAGAAUUUACAUUUUUUAAUACAGUUAAACGAAUUUAUAAAUGAAAAUGAUUGUAGUUAUGAAAAUGUGUUGCUUUUAUUAAAAGAUUCUAUGAUAUAUAAAAAAAUUCUAAAUAAAAUUUUAUAUGAAAACCAAUUUUAUAAUAAAAUUAUUUUAAUAAAAGAAUGUUUGUUCGAUAUGAUAAGAAAAAAUACAUCUAGUGUAAAAGAGACUUUGAAAUUAAGUCUAUUAAAAAAAAAAAAUUCUAAGAAAAUGGGAGAUUUAAUCGAUAAUAACCCAUUAUAUUAUAGCGAAAAUUUAGAUUCAUUUCACAAAACAAAUGAAGAGUUGACAGACAAUUUAGAUAAUAAAUUAAAAAAUAUAGAUGAUGAUUUUGGUAAUUUUGAAAACGUAUGCAUUGAUAUAUAUAAUUCUUACAAAAAGAAUGAUUGGAAUAAUAUACAUAAUAAAUUAAGUGAGUUAGAAUAUCAUUUUAUAAAUAUUUUAAAUAAUAUUAUAAAUGAAAUUAAAAAGAUAAAUAAAAACAUAAAUAUUGAAAAGGAGGAAUUAAAAAAAAAUGUUAAAAUAUUAAAGAAAAAAAUGAAUUCAUUAUCUAAUGAUUUUUUUAAAAAUGUAGAAGAAUUAGAUAAAUUAAAAAACCUUUUAACAAAAGAAUCUGCAAAAAAUGAAAUAUUAUUAAAAGAAAAUGAAGAGUUAAGUAUGUUAUAUAAGAAAUUAAAUGAUGACUAUAAUGACAAAGUAGUUAUCAUUCAAAAUAAUGAAUAUGAAUUAAAAAAUUUGCAAGAACAGUUAAUUGAAAAAAACCAAACAAAAACAAGGACGGAAAAAAUAAAUUAUUAUCUUAAAACAGAUUUAAACUAUUUAAAUACUUCACUAGAUCAAGCCACACACAGUUUAAAUGAAUUAAAUCAUGAAAAUAUGAAAAAUAAAAUAAUAUUAAAAGAAUUAACAGAAAAAAAUAUUUAUCUUAAAAAUGAGAUAUGUGAAAAAGAAAAAAUUAUAGAAAAUCUAGAAAAAAAUUUAGAGUCAAAAAAUAAUGUAAUAAAUGAAUUAAAAGAAUUCAAUGAAAUUUUAAUUAAAAAUAUAGAAGAGAAAAGUGAGUAUAACGAACAUAAUAAAAACGUAAAUGAAGAAGACAAUAAAAGAAAAAUAAAUAAAAAUAAAUCAAGUAGCAUAUAUAAAGAAGUAUUUACAAACGAACCUUAUGAAGAAAUAAAUAAGAAGGAGUUAGUGAUAAUAAUAAACAAAUUAGAAAAUGAUAAUGAAAUAUUAGUAGAAGAAAUGGAAAUGUUGAAAAAUAAUUUUGAUGUAUUAAAAGAAAAGAAAAAGGAAUUAGAAGAAAUUAUAAAUAGUAACGACAUAGCAUUAAAUAAAAAAGAAAUAGAACUAAAUGAUGCUAUAAUAGAAAAAGAAAAAGUGAUGGAAGAAAUAAAAAGAUAUAAAAUUAAAUGCAUACAAAUAAUAGAUAUAUGCUUUAAUAAAGACUUUAAUAUAGUUGAUAUAAGAGAGAAAAUAACAGCGAUUUUUGAAAAUGAAGAUGAAGAGAUAAUAGAUAUUAUAAAUUGUCAUAAAAGCAUGUUGUACAAUAACAAAAUAGAAAAAUCUAAUGAAUUACAAGAUGAUACAAUAAGUUUAGAACAAGAUAAAGUUAUACACAUUGAAGAAAUGAGUAAAAAAAAUGAGGAGUUAAUAAAAAAAAAUGAAGAAAUAUGGAAACUAAACAAAUAUAUUGAAGAUUUAAAUAGAGAUAUUACAGAUAAAAAUUAUAUUAUAAUUAAAAAUCAACAAGAUAUUGAAAAUAAAGAUGACUUAUUAGAAAAAAAUAAAAAUUAUAUUAAUUUUUUAAAAGAUCAGAUAAAACUAUUAUGUAAUAAUAUUGAUGAAAACAAUUUAUUUGAUAUAAAUAAUGUUAAAUUGUCUCCUGCACUUAGAAGUAUUAUAAAAAGAAGUAGCUUUAAUAAUAACAUACAUGAUAAACAUAACGAAAAAGAAAAAACAAAUUAUGAAGGUAUUAUGAGUGAAGAUAUAUUAAAAAAAAGUGAUAUUUUUGAUCAAAGUGAAAAAAGAUUAUCUGACUAUAAUAAUCAAGAGCAUUUUAAUUUUUAUGAUGAAAAUGAAGUAAAAAUUGAAGAAAUGAAAUUAGAAGUAGAUGAAUUAAAUGAUAAGUUAAAAAAUGCAGAUUCACAAAUAAAAAUUUUGAAACAGGAAAAUAAUGAUUUAAUAGAAAAAUGUGAAUUUUUAAGAGAGGAAUUAAAAAAUACUCAAGGUACAAAAAGACAUUUAAUGCUAUGUGAAAGUAGGUUAAAUAUAUUACAAAAGGAAUUGGAAGAUAAACAAAAAAAAAUAGACGCACAAAACAAAACUGUAGAUGAAUGUGUAGAUAUAUAUGUAGAAGAGAAUUCUGAAAAUUUUAAUAAAAUAUUAGAAUUAAAGAAAGAAAAUGAAAAAUAUAAAAUAGAAAUUAACAUUAGUAAUGAUGAAAUAUUUAAACUGAAAAAUGAAGUGCAAAUUUACAAAAACGAUAUAAAAAAUUUAAAUUCAACUCUUGAUUUUUAUAAAUCUAUUCAUGAUGAAUUAAUGAAUGAAUUUAACACGGAAGAAUCGCAUAAUGUAUAUUAUAUAAAAUUAUGUGAACAUUAUAAAAAAGAAAAUGAAAAUUUUAGGGAACAUAUUAAAUCAGAAGAAGAAAACAAAAAACAACUUUUGAACAGUAUAAUGGAAAUAAGGAAUCAAUUAAAUAAAACUAUGAAAGAAAAUUACGAAAUAACGUUAGAUUUAGAAUUUUUUCAAAUGCAAAAUAGCUUGCUAAAAGAUAGUUGCAAUUAUUAUAAAGAAAGAGAAUCUAUUUUAAUAAAUAAUAUAGAUGAAAAUAAUGAUAAUUUAAAAAUUAUAGAAAAUUAUAAAGAAGAAAAUUUAAAAGUCUUUAUAAAAAAAUUAAAAGAAGAAAUACAAAAAUUGCAUGAUGAAAUAAAUAAAAAAUCAAAAACAAUUGUAUCUUUAAAAUAUCAAAUCAAAGAAUAUCAUUUUGAAGAAUUUUCUAAAAAAAGUGGAAAUUUACAGAAUAAUGAAGUUGAAGAAAUAAUAAAUAUAAAUAAUAUGACUUAUAUUCAAAACAAUUUAUGUAUAUACAUAAAUUUAUUUAAAAGUGUUUUAUUUAUUAUCAGUGAAAUUUUGUUUUUUACUGAUCCAACUAAUAGCUUGUAUUUUGAGAUAUUGACACUUUUAAAAUUAAAAAAUGACAAUGAGUCAGAAGCAGAAUUGGACACAACGAUACAAAAUUUUAAGUUUUCUAAAAUAGAUUGUGAUAAUAUUUUCCAAUCUGUUCUCAAAUCAAAACAUAUUUUAAGAGAAAAAUUGCAGCUUUUGCAAUUAAAAAUUUGUUAA